AUUUGACACAAAGCACUUGAGGAUAAUCUGUAAUUUAAGUCCUUUGUUGUCUUUCCUGCUCUCAACAACACCUUUGUACUAGUUCUACGAAUCUAAAUGCCAACCAGCCUACAUAAAAGGAAAUGAUCUACAAAGCAAAAUGCCAUUAGACCUAAACAAAGGGGGUUAAUGUAUUCACUGCAGGGAGUGAGCUCAUGGUGAGAGUAUAUAAAUGGUCCAGAUGAUUCAACAGAGACAACAACGAGUGAGACAUGAAGGCUGUCACUGCAUUUGAGAUUCUGGCACUGCUGUUUGUGGCGGUUUUCACAGCCCAUGGUGCUCAGGGACAACUCACAAAAUGUGACCUGAAGAGUAGACUGGAGGGGGCUCUCCUGAGCCUGUUCAACAGCACUCAGGACAAUGGACCAACAGCAGAGGAGCUGGUGGCAAGAAUUGUCUGCAAGGCUGAGCUGACUGGCUUCAACACCAGCCUCGUGACUCCCCUGGAGAUGGGGAAAAAGCCAGAGAGAGCACCAGAACGUGAAAAGCCACGCCGUCCUGGGAAACUUGAGCCCCCAAGGAGGAGAGGUCGCUCUCCCAUGAGAGGAGGGCCACCUGCUUCGAUGAAAAGCUCUGAAAGCAGUGAGGAAAGUUCAGAGGAAGUACACACGGGCAGCCUGUAUGGACUCUUCCAGCUGAGCGAUUGUGUGGCCUGUGCCAAUGGCUCCAGUCCCUCCAGUCUCAACAUGUGCCAAAUGGACUGCGCAAGACUUAUUGAUUCCGACAUCAGUGAUGACAUCAGCUGCCUUGAGAUCAUUUUAAUGGGCAAUCAAAUGGAUGACAAUGAUGGCCCAGGAAAAAGCAGUUCGAACUCCAAAGAGGAAAUGAAGGAGUUCAAAUUUCCAAAGGAAUGUGCCAGCAUUGUACCAUCUGAAUACUUCUCUGGGUGUCCAUAAGAAGUCCAAGCAUUAUUGUGUGCUUAUAAGAACCUUAAAAUACCUGCAUUUUCCUUCUCUUCUGUCCUCUCCUCUGCCAGCUCUUCUAAAAUGAAUUGAAUGCAAUCUUGGGUCUGAGUGGUAUCUCACUAAACAGAAUUAUCAGUUAAAAUAGCUAUUCCCUUCUCACUCAGAUCUUAUAAGACAUUGAAUAUAUUGGAAACAACUGUAUUUU